UAAUGGACACUUGAUUUUGGUCAUACGCUGUUUAUUAGUACAUGAUCAAAAUUUAAGUAAUGGAUUAUUAUUAUUAUUAUUAUUUUAGAGUAUUGUUUCCCGCCAUUUUCAGAAGGAAGGUAAAGAUUUUCCCGCCAAAAGCAGCGGCAAAAGUGGAAAACCAUCCCAUCCUUUUGCUAUUUGCCAUUUUCCAGACAGUGAGAGAAAAAAGUGUGUAAAACAAGAAAGAAAGAAAGGAAAAAGGAAAAAUGAGUGGGCAAACUCGAAAGUUGAUUCAGAAGAAAUUGAAGAUAAGAGGAUACAGCCUAAAGAUGGAUGGUCUUGAGGAGAUUCUUUCCUUUGUUAAUCGAUUCCAAGAUGCCGAAGAUGAGGCCAUGGAUCUUCUCCUCGACCAGCUCGAUCAUCAAUCCUUGAAAUCUUCCAUCAUCGACAAGGAGGCCGUGCACGGAGUAAUCAGUCUUCUAUUGGAAGCAGAAGCAGCUGAGGAGGAAUACCCUACUUCUUCUCGUUCUUCUAUUCGCGUGGUUGAUGCCUUUCUGGUCCCCAAAUUUCGAUACGAUCCCAUCAAGAAGCAUUUCUUUCAACAUGCUGGUAGUCUACCCAUCCAUGGAGAGGCUUCUGCAAAAGCAGCUCUUUAUAGAGAUAGAUUUCUGUUGCUGUUCCAGAGGGUUUCCCGUGAUCAACAUUUUAUUAAACCCGCAUUUGAUACCGAUGAUGAAACCUCUCAAAGCUGUCAGCUAUCGCCAAUACAGUCUCUGGUUGGGCAAAGAGGGAGGAGAUGGGUGAUGGGUGUCAUCUCACAGUUGGAGGAUGGUCAUUUUUACUUGGAAGACCUUACUGCUGCUGUUGAAAUUGACUUCUCCAAAGCAAAAAUAACUACAGGAUUUUUCGCUGAGAACACCAUAAUUGUAGCAGAAGGUGAAAUGCUUUCUGAGGGAAUAUUUCAGGUAAUUACAUGUGGUUUUCCUCCCUUAGAGGACAGAGAUAAAUCACUCAAAGUAUUUGCUGGGCAUGACUUCUUUGGUGGUGGUACACUAACAAAAGAGGAGACACUCAGACUUGCAGAUCUAGAAAAGCGAGCAGUGAAUGACAUGUUUGUCAUACUGUCUGACAUUUGGCUGGACAAUGAACAGGUUAUGGAAAAGCUGGAGACUGUCCUUAAUGGAUUUGAGAGUGUGGAAAUCGUUCCUUCCUUAUUUGUUUUCAUGGGAAACUUUUGUUCUCACCCCUGUAACCUCUCCUUUCAUUCUUUCUCAAGUCUUAGAUUGCAUUUUGGCAAAUUAGGCCGAAUGAUUGAAGCCCAUCCACGACUUAAAGAGCAGAGUCAAUUUCUUUUCAUUCCUGGUCCCGAUGAUGCAGGUGUGUUAAAGUAUUGCCUCAUAAUAUUUGCUUGCACCCUAAGAGAGUUGUAUCUCUUUAGAAUAUGUUUGCUUUUGAUAAUUUCAGGUCCAUCAACUGCUCUACCUCGGUGUGCUUUACCAAAAUAUCUAACUGAAGAGUUUCAGAAGCAUGUUCCAAAUGCCAUAUUUUCUAGUAAUCCCUGCAGAAUAAAGUUCUACACCCAGGAAAUUGUCUUCUUUCGUCAAGAUCUGCUGUAUAGGAUGCGUCGUUCCUGUUUGAUUCCCCCUUCUACCGAAGAAACAGAUGAUCCUUUCGAACAUCUUGUUGCAACUAUAACCCAUCAAAGUCACCUCUGCCCACUCCCUCUCUUUGUACAACCUAUUAUUUGGAAUUAUGACCAUUGUCUCCAUCUAUAUCCAACUCCGCAUACGAUCAUUUUAGGAGAUAGAAGUGAGCAGAAGGCAUUCAAAUACACCGGAAUUACUUGCUUUAAUCCGGGUUCCUUUGCAGAAGAUAGCACAUUUGUUGCAUAUCGGCCUUGCUCUCAAGAAGUUGAGUUUUCAGCCUUGUGAGUAUCAAAAGUUUAAGGCUUCCAUGCCCUCUAGCACGUAGAUACCUGAACAAACGAAGAAUGAAA